AUGGCCAUAACUGAUGGAGGUGAGGAGUCCCAGGAAGUAGAAGUUGCCUCUGGGACAAAAGAACCUCAAGGAAGAAAGGAUAGAGACAUCGCCCCAAGUAAUGACAUCGAUCCACGAAUGGGCGAAGAUAGGAUGCAGGUAAGAGCACCAUCACAACCAGUGGUUGUGUCUACACCAAUAUUGCAUUAUGAUGAUACUGAAUCUGCAAAAGCAUCAAGACGACAACUCAAGGAAGCUAUAUAUACAACACUAUUUAACAUGAAUGUUCCUGCUGUUUGUGCAAUUAAUCAAGCAACUUUAGCUUUGUAUGCUGCUAGAAGAACUUCAGGAAUUGUUGUAAAUAUUGGGUUUCAAGUCACAUCAGUUGUUCCAAUUUUACAUGGUAAAGUAAUGCGCGAAGUGGGUGUGGAGGUUGUGGGACUGGGAGCACUAAAACUUACCGGGUUUCUUAAGGAGUUGAUGCAGCAGAACAAUAUUAGUUUUGAAUCGCUGUACACCGUUCGCACUUUGAAAGAGAAUAUCUGUUAUGUUGCCUAUGAUUAUGAGGCUGAGAUACUCAAAGAUACACGAGCAUCAUCUGACGCAGCAGGAGAAGGUCAGUUCAUUCUUUCAAAAGAGCGGUUUCAAACAGGAGAAAUCUUAUUCCAGCCACGAAUGGCAGGAGUUCUGAAGCAUCAGGUGAUGGCUGCUGCAUUGGCAGCUGCUGUGUACAUGGUUUGGAGAAAUAGAAAUCUGUGUGUGUUUGAGAUGAGAUCUUUGGCUAUUGGUCUUGUAAUUCAGCUGAUUAAGUUCAGUAUUAGAUCUAGACUAGCCAGGUUGCCUAAGCUGAAAGUGAGGACCAGUGAGGUGGCGUUCUUAGAGGCUAUUACUCAGUUGUAA